UAAGCUUGGAUUUCUUGCAUUAAAGACGAGCUACAUCUGCGACCUUGAACAGGAGCUAGUCUUCUUUUUGAUAAACAGAGCUUAUAAACCAAAAACGUUUUCAAAGACUGUCCACGAGAAUAUAGAUAGACUAGAAAAGAAAAAUACGUAAGUGGCCAUGGCGGCCUUCCUCGCUCGAUGCUUGGACAGCACCAGAUCAGCGAGGAGCCUGGCGGAUGAAGUUCGCAUCGUGUUGACGAGGAACAAGCUUGGUCGGCGAGCAGUCCACCACAUCCUUACGGCUUCCGAAAGAAAAGCAUUCGAGAUUGCAAAGAGAAAUGCUCACCUGGUGCGCUCGGCUGGAGCUCGCAAGCAGCCCCUGGCCGACACUUACUACAAGUACUGCCAAGCGCUCCAGUGGCCUUACAUUUUCAUCCAUCGGGACAGCAUUGGUGGGGAUAACCUGGUUGUCGUCGACUUGAGGACUUUGGGACUGUCCGAGGGCCGCCUGGAACAACUAGUGACCUUGGUGGUCGCAACUCUGGGACCUCUAAAUGACGAGUGCUGGCAUCAAACACUACAGACUACAUCUGAGAUUUUUGUUGGCUUGCCUACGAAAGAACCGGAUGACAAGCCGUUAGAAUCUGGCAAUGAAGAUCAAGUCAUACCCAGUUUGAGGGGAAUGUUGCGCUUCCAGGGGACCUUUGGCGAGACGAAAAAUAUGUGCCGAGCAUCACUGGACAUCUGCCAUUCGUUUCUGGUAGACAAUGGCAUCGAACUCACAAAGCCAUGGUGGACAGUAGACUGAAAAACAAGAGAAAAGGAUGGCCUUGUGCCGAGGGGGUAGCAACAAGUUUUAAGCAGGAAAAAAAGGUACAGCUCACGUUCUACCUAGUUAUCAGACCUUUCAUCCUGAUACGGGGCAAACAAAAUUGACGAGUUAUGUCCCCCAAAUCCGAAAGAGUUCGAGAGCGCAACUUUCACAUCAAAUCGUUGCUUUUGGCUUCCCACAAUGUAGUCCAUAUUCUGCAGCGAAA